AAUACAGCAUUUCUGCAGCUGCCAUUGCCAUCUUCAGCAUGGGCUUUUCCAUCAUUGGAACCAUUUUUGUCCUCUUAUCCUUCCGGAAGAAGAUGGAUUACCUCUUGAGGCCAGCUGCCAUGUUCUAUACCUUUGCAGGCCUGUGUAUCAUCAUAUCUGUGGAAGUUAUGAGGCAAUCGGUCAAAAAGAUGGUCGCGAGCGAUGACACAGACUGGAUAGACUACUACUACUCCUGGUCCUUUGCCUGUGCCUGUGCCUCUUUCGUCCUGCUGUUCCUCUGUGGAGUGGCGCUUCUGCUCAUCUCCUUGCCUCGCAUGCCACAGAACCCAUGGGAGACUUGCAUGGAUGCCGAGCCAGAGCAUUAA